UGAUGUCCCCGGGUGUUGUGCCACAUUUCAACACAGACGGCGGUGAGGGGUCAAUGUUGUCGGGGUCACUGGUCGGUACCACGUGGGGACGUAAAACCGGCGUUUACAAUGGACAAUUGAUACUUCUCGCGUCAUGUACGUUACGUUGAGACACGUGUAGGGCUAAAUAGUUGUGUGUAUUGAGGUCUAACUGCUUGUGAAAGUAGGCUAGUGGUUUGUCAACUCCAGCACACUAGGAAGUGGUUAACUUGUGAUGUAGCUAGGCUUGACUGGGGUGUUUAAAAAAAGCUUUCGCACGAACGUCGAAUAAUUUCCUAGUUUCUCUAACUAACUUCAUUUAUUUUAUUUUUAUCUCAGGGAAUGUAUUUUCUUUAAACGACGUUAUUUACUAACGUGGCGUAAUAAAUAGAAGCUGGUGUCAUUUGUAGUUUGAUUGGUGGUGUAACAGGCUUGGUUUAAAUGUACCAACACGGUAUUUACUAACUGUCUUGGAGCUGUCAUAGACAACCGUAGUCGGUCUACGCUGAACUCUCACUAAAAUGUAACCGUAAUACGUGCCUGGAUUGUUUUCACCAGCACGUCGUUGAAUAAACGUAAGAUACAAUAUGAGCAGCGGAAAACCCUCUUUGGUUGAUGGCGAAAUCAACGACAAUGAAAAUGUGUCCGAUAUGGAAAAAAAUAAAAUGAUGUUGUCUGCCGGUGACAGCGAGGAGGUGCGCCUGGAGAACAAUAUACAACUCAACCGGAACGGUGACGAUACAACCAAAACGACAAAACUCUACAAGCGGAGAUGGUUCAUCGUGCUGCUGUUCAGUUCGUAUUCUCUCUGUAACUCCUUCCAAUGGAUCCAGUACGGAAUUAUCAACAACAUUUUCAUGAGGUUCUACGGGGUAGGGUCUUUUACUAUAGAUUGGAUGUCUAUGAUCUACAUGUUGACUUACAUCCCCUUCAUAUUCCCAGUCACCUGGUUACUGGAUAAGAAGGGUCUCCGUAUUAUUGCGCUGGUGGCCACGGCCAUGAAUUGUGCGGGGACUUGGAUCAAGGUGACAAGCGUGAGACCGGAUCUGUUUGCGGUGACCAUGCUCGGACAGUUCUGUUGCUCCCUUGCGCAGGUGUUUAUCCUUGGGAUGCCUUCGAAGAUCGCAUCGGUGUGGUUCGGAUCGGAGGAAGUGUCCACCGCUUGCUCCAUCGGGGUCUUUGGAAACCAGUUGGGUAUAGCCAUUGGGUUCCUGGUCCCUCCCAUCCUGGUGCCUAACGUUGAGGACAUGGAUCAGCUGGCCUAUCACAUCAGUAUCAUGUUCUACAUCACAGCAGGAGUUGCUACACUGCUCUUCCUACUGGUCGUCAUAGUGUUCCAGGAGCGUCCGGAGCUCCCUCCCACCCAGGCUCAGGCGACAGCUCGCUGCAUCCCUCCUGAACAGUACUCCUACACAGCCUCCAUCCUCAGGCUGCUCCGAAACAAACCCUUCCUCCUCCUCAUCCUCACAUACGGACUGAACGUGGGCUGUUUCUAUGCUGUUGGCACACUACUGAACCGCAUGAUCAUCGAGCAUUACCCUGGUGAAGAGUUGAAUGCAGGGAGGAUAGGUCUCACCAUCGUUAUCGCUGGCAUGGUGGGGUCGCUGAUCUGUGGUAUCUGGCUGGACAGAACCAAAACAUACAAACAGACUACCCUGGCGGUCUACCUCAUGUCCUUCGUAGGGAUGUUGGUCUACGCCUUCACCCUCAGUCUGGGUCAUCUCUGGGUAGUCUUCCUCACCGCUGGAGCCCUGGGGUUCUUCAUGACAGGCUAUCUUCCCCUGGGCUUUGAGUUUGGUGUGGAGCUAACCUACCCCGAGUGUGAAGGCACCUCUUCAGGCCUGCUCAACUGCUCUGCACAGGUGUUUGGUAUCAUCUUCACUAUCUGCCAGGGGAAGAUAAUAGAUAACUACGGGACGCUGGCAGGAAACAUCUUCCUCUGUGUCUUCCUCUUCAUCGGAUCAGUCCUUACAGGCUUCAUCAAGUCAGACCUGCAGAGACAGAAGGCUAACCAGUUGGCCAAGGCAGCUGAGGACGGACUGCUCUCUGGACAGCAGCAGGGCUACGGGGCCACGGCUCUAAUCAAGAGACUGGACAGCCCUUCUGAUUCUUCUCAGACUUGAUCACUAACCCCCCCCCCCCCUAACGCUUACACUCUUAGCUCGAACCUCAGACGAGCCAAGGUCCCUUCAGAUCCCGAUGACGGGAACCUCCCUGCCUCCGCAGUCCUCGAAGGAACAAGGUUUUAGAGACGGACGAGCUGCUGGAGACACACACACACACACAUUAAAUCACCAGCAUCUCCCACCCUGUGGAAUGUGAAGUUUAGGGGAGGAGCACAAUCAGGAAGUGUUUACGACCACUUCCCUUUAACACUGUCCAAAAAGACAUCCAAUAUUUAUGCAACAACAAAUAUUAUUUCUGUAUAAUUUCUAGAUAUAUAAUUUCUAGAUGUGCCAUAUCUAAUCUACAAAAUGUUUACUGUCCAAAAUUAGCACAAAUAAUACUGUCGUUCUACAGUAUACACUGAGUAUAGAAAACAUUAACACCUGCUCUUUCCAUGACCGACUGACCCAUGUGAAAGAUAUGAUGCCUUAUUGAUGUCACUUGUUAAAUCCAUUUCAAUCAGUGUAGAUGAAGGGGAGGAGAUGGGUUA